CGGCGCAGUGCUGGCUAACAUUCAACCCUCCCCUUGUUCCACCACCAGUUCCACACACAAGCAGCGACAGCCUUUGAAGACCCUGCUGCCAUACGGGCUGCUCACGCCGUGCUUUCACCCCGCAUUCCUUGUCACUCGAAAGUCGGGGUAAACAACCAGAUUUCUUCACAGUAAGAGGGCAUUUUGGACGCCGGCUACAAGUUCUUUUUAACAGCCGAUAAUGAGGCUUGAUUUUAGCCGCAUUUUAGGAUUAUUUUUGACGACUGUUGGUUCAGAUUUCACCAGGGCUUUAGGGGGAUUCAGUGCUAGUUACAGCCGGAUAGCUCCGGUGUAGGUCGGUUUAACACGGUAACAUUUUAUUUCAAUAAACUUAUUUUUUAGAUAUUUCUAAGCUAUCAUUUGUAGCUCUUAACACGUGUGGACACAAUGUUGUUGAGUUUAUAAUUAAGCUGGGUAACUUAAAUCAGAAAACUGUUUUAAACGUUAAACAGCACCAAUUAUGUAAUUUAAUGAGGUUUUGAUAUGGAAAACGUUAAGCUUAAACAAUGGUUUAAUAGACCCUUAUAAAUACUUAAACACUUUGACGUGUUUUGGUCUAAAUUUAGAGCCCCGUUACAAAGCUUUUGUUCAUAAAUGCGAUUAAAAUCCACAAGAGUUUUUUCUGAGCAUUUCUAUCGUAGUAACGCUCUAUUCUGCCCAAACGGGGUCUGAUUAUCAUGCCAUCCACUUUUUUUUUGAAACAUUUCAUGGUGGUGAAAAUGCCCUUCAGCCGGGCUCUAUUUUAAAGCUGGACUCGGCUGGCUCGCGCGCCGCCAUUACACAUUCAGCGCAGCGGCGACGCCUCGCCCUGGAAAAAGCCAUUUUGUGACUAAUUCAGUCGGCGCACACGUUUGUUAAACGACAUCAGAUUAUGACUAGCUCUUCAUGUUCAAGCAUUUUUAAAACAGUCGCUAUGAAUCAAAGGGGGCGACCCAGAACGCGCCCGUGGCGGAAGCGGAGACCCGCGCCCCGUUGGUUUGGAGGCAGACUCUGGUGCUGCAUGCUGUAGCAGUCACUCAUCAUGAUCCCUGGCUGUGUUUCCCCCUCUCAACGCAGACCGAAAGCAGAUCCAGAUCCGUGGUCAGCUGGUCCGUCUACAGGCAGCUGCCUGCCUAUCGCCCAAAACGCUCCUUCCUCCUCCUGUAGUACCUCCCAGUAUCCGCUCAUCCGCCGACAAUAUACUCCAAUUUCGAGCGACUUCACGAAACGCUCGCCUCGCAAGAGCGCGCCGAGUGCAGGAGAAGCCGUUUCAAGUCUUAGUUCUGUAGACAAAAUGGAAGAUUAGACGGAUUGGCUGCUCUUGCUGGUGUCGACUGCAGAGUUAUUUGAGAUUUUGAAACCGUCACAAGCAAUGGGCUCUGUCUCACGAUGGAGCGUAAACGCUUAGGGGCGGUGUAAUGAACAUCAACCAUUAUGUGUCGGGCUGGAUUUUAAUUCCACUCUUCAGGCAGCAAUUCCUGUUUUCGAGACAUUAGCCUACAAAACACCUACACGAGUGAUUCCAGACAAUGAAUGGAGAAAUGGACUCCUCUGCUAAAGAACCCGUUUGGGUGCAGGAUGACCUGUUGAAGCUGUUGGAUGCCAUAAAGGUGAACCUACCAGAAAAAGAUCUGACCAAGUACAAGACGUCCGAGUCCCAUUUGGACUGGGAGAAAGUGGCUUUCAACUCAUACUCUGGGGAGAUGUGCAAACAGAAAUGGAAGGAAGUGUCACGUGAGAUACGCAAAUUCCGCACCCUUACUGAGCUGAUCGUGGAUGCGCAGGACUACGUCAAAAAUCCAUACAAAGGAAAGAAGCUGAAGAAGCACCCAGACUUCCCCAAAAAGCCGUUGACACCGUAUUUCCGUUUCUUUAUGGAGAAACGUGCCAAGUAUGCUAAAUUACAUCCAGAGAUGAGCAACCUAGAUCUCACAAAAAUCCUGUCCAAAAAAUACAAGGAGCUCCCAGACCGUAAAAAAGAGAAAUAUGUGAAAGACUUUCUCAGAGAAAAGGAGACUUUCAUGCUCAGCAUGAUGAAGUUCAAGCAAGAUCAUCCCGACCUUCUUGAGAACGUUAACAAGAAGUCCAAUGUUCCAGAGAAGCCCAAGACGCCCCAGCAACUGUGGUACUGCCAUGAGAAGAAGGCCUUUCUCAAAGCACGUCCAGAUGCGACUACCAAAGACAUCAAGGACAGUCUUGGCAAGCAGUGGCCACAGCUCUCAGACAAGAAGAGGUUGAAGUGGAUCACAAAGUCUUUGGAGCAGCAGAAAUUGUAUGAGGAAAAGAUGCGCGAGUUUAUCCAGCAGCACCCAGAGAUGAACAUGACGGAGGGGAACAUCGUCAAAUCCACUCUGACCAAAGCAGAGAGACAGCUCAAGGACAAGUUUGAUGGGCGGCCAGACAAACCGCCUUCUAAUGGUUAUUCUAUGUUCUGUGCUGAGCUGAUGUCCAGUAUGAAAGACGUUCCCAGUACAGAGCGUAUGGUCAUGUGCAGCCAGCGCUGGAAACUCCUCACACAGAGCGAGAAAGAAGCCUACCAAAAGCGCUGUGAGCAGAAAAAGAAAGAAUAUGAAGUUGAGAUGAAUCGCUACUUAUUAAGUAUCUCCGAGGAGGAACAGCACCGAAUACUGUCAGAACAGAAGAUGGGCAGCUUUAAAAAGGGAGGUGGAGGCAGUAGUCCCGCUUCCAAAAAGAAGAACUCAAAAGCAAAGUCCAGUACAGAGAAGCCCAAGCCUCCUGUGUCUGCAAUGUUUAUUUUCUCUGAGGAGAAGCGUCCAAAACUUCAACAGGAAAGGUCUGAUCUUUCUGACAUGGAGCUCACCAGACUACUGGCCCGCAUGUGGAACGAGCUUUCUGACAAGAAGAAGGAGAAGUAUAAAAACCUGGAGAUGACGCUGAAGGCAGAGUCUGAAAAACAGAGCAAAGACGACAAAGGGAAACUACCAGAAACGCCCAAAACAGCUCAGGAAAUCUGGCAACAAAGCGUCAUUGGCGACUAUCUUGCCCGAUUCAAGAAUGAUCGAGGGAAAGCUCAAAAAGCCAUGGAGGCCACCUGGAACACCAUGGAGAAGAAAGAGAAGAUCAUGUGGAUCAAGAAGGCUGCAGAGGACCAGAAGAGAUAUGAAAGAGAGCUGAGUGAGAUGCGAUCGCCUGCCCCAGUCAUCAUCCCUGGGAAGAAAAUGAAAUUUGAUGGGGAACCUAAGAAACCACCCUCGAAUGGUUAUCAGAAGUUCUCUCAGGAGAUGCUGUCAAACGGCGAGCUGAAUCAUCUGCCCAUGAAAGAGCGCAUGGGUGAAAUCGGAGGCCGCUGGCAGCGGCUCCCUCAGAAAGAGAAGGACCGUUACAAAAGGCUGGCAGAAGAGAAACAGAGGCAGUACAAAGUGCUGCUUGAGAAGUGGCUUGCGAGUUUAUCAUCACAAGAGAAAGCUACAUAUAAAGAAUAUAAUUCUCUGAAACGGAGGAGCACAUCAAAACCAGGUGCCACUGCUGCUAAAGUGAAACCCAAGGCCAAACAAUCGGAUGAGGAAGAGGAGGAUGAUGAUGACGAUGAUGAUGAUGAUGAAGAUGACGAUGACGAAGAGAAGGAAUCUGAUGACGGAUCAUCCUCUGAUGACAGUGAUGAUGACGACGAUGACGAAGAUGAUAAUGAAGACGUAGAAGAUGAAGAGGUUGAGGAUAAAGAGAAUAAGUCAGAAAGCAGCAGCAGCGCUUCCAGCUCUGACGAUUCCUCGGGUUCAGACUCCGAUUGAGCCGGAGCCGAGUCAGGCUGAGCCCACAGACUGCCAGAAAUGCUGUGAACUGAGCCAUGAGCCGGGGGUCUGAGCCUGCUCUGCACUGCGCUCUUCUCACCACAGGAGGGGGCUCACCCCGCUGUCACACAUCUGCGCCACCUCUCACACACUCUUUCCUUUGCUUCUCUUCUCUUCUAUUCUCCCCUGCACUUCUGCUUUUAUUUUUUCCCUCCCUCCCUCGAUGAAUCCGCUUGUCAGGUUUUAAGGCAUUUUAGGCAACGUGUAUGAGGAUGUAUAGUCUAAAUUCCUCCCAACACCGAAAAGGGUGCAGUGCUCUGCUAUUGGCUUGUAGUAGUCAAUGAGGCGUUAUUAGGACCUCCUGUGUUUAUACGUUAAAUGUUGGAGGACACAGAGAGCACCAUGUUCCAUUUUCUUUUCCGUAAAUGAGCCAAAGAGUCUCUUAGUUUCACAGAUUAUUUCGGGAGGUACAGGGGACCAAAUAACUGCACUCUGAAGAAUGUUUGCUUUCUUUUCUUCUGUCUGUGCCUCUCCUGUUCUUCCUAGUAGCAUUGUUCCUCUCCCUUUCCUGCUCCCUCCAUUUUUGCUUUGGUGUUUGUUUUUGCUUCUUCGGUUCAAAACAAAUGUGGUAUUUUCAGGAACAAUGAAGCCAUUUUGAAUGUGGCCGCAUGGACCCCGUUGGUCUCGCACGCGGUUCUUGUUCACCAGGCAUUUGUGCGCUGCCCUUACCUGCACCUGACGAGGGGUUAAAGGUGAAAAUGGACUAUUUAUUUUUGUCCUGUUGUAGGAAUGCUGCCUGUAGCUGUUUCGCCACAGCUGAUGGGUUUGAGUUCACUGUUCAUUCAGAUAAUAAAACCGACUGAUGUUACAUAAUGAGGACUAGUUUAUCAGUUAAUUGUUUGGCAGCCCAAGCAAAGUUCUUGCAGAAGUAUGCUCGUUUUGUUUUGUUUUUUGUGGAUGGGGCACCAACAUGUUUUUCUUCUGUUUGUUAAUAAUAGUUAUGUAUUUUUUGAAGCUGACUUUUUGUUCCUCUUUCCAACCACUGUUUUAUUUGGUGCUCCAAAGAACUGUUUUUCUUUUGAAAAUGAUAUGUUUUAAAUAUGAUGGAUGUGAGUUACCCCACAAUUCAGUGCACUUAUGAUGGAAUCGCUAGCUCACAAACCUAGUGUUUUUUCAGUAUUCCUCUUUCUGCGUUUCACUCAUUAGCCCAUAAUGUCUACCACUUCACAGGUCUUUCACGCACCAGCUCAAGGAAUGUAAUGGAGAUGUUUUAUUUAAGAGAGGGGUACCGUUAUUUGUUAUGUGUUUAUGUAUAUAUGAACCGUUUUGAGGGUGACUGGUAUAUUCUCUCAUUCCAAUGCCCUGGCCUGAAAUGGCAACUAAAUUUAGUUAAACCCACAACCCAGCUUCCUCCGCAGAGCUACCAACUUUUACUCCGUUUUUUAAUGCAGUCCUCAACUUAAUAGGGGCACUGUAAGUGAUUUUUCCCUCUAUCAAAACUUUGAACCUUGAUCGUUUGCAUGUAAAGACAAGCAAAUAAUUUGGGGGGGGGGAUUGCUGUCAAAACAGAUCUGGAUGCUGUAAUUUCUGUACCAGACAUGUGACCUUUAUUCUAGGCAUCCAAAUAAUCAAGGUCUGUAUCAUGCAAAAAUGUGUGUUCUUGGCUCAGUUUGAAAAAUAUAAUUUGGUUAUAGAUGUUUUGAAUGAUGGGCCGGGAUAAGAAACCCAGUGGACCUUUCAAGAUUUGUUGAUAUUUUAUAGGAUUUUGAGACUUUCAAAUAGAUUUGGGUUUGGUUCAGUGCUGUUGUAAGGUAUUUGUACAUAUAGCUUUCUUUUAUUUUCCUUUGUAAUGAGUGAACAUUAUUGCGUUUGUAUUUUCAAUUGGCUAAGCAUUAAGCAAUAUGCUGCUGUAGCCAAAAUGAGUUUGUUCGUCAAUUGGGGACAUGUUUUUAAUUUGGUAAGUUUUAGUUUUUUACCCCUUCCCAUGUUUGUUUGUUUAUUUGUAGAAAUGGCAAAAAAGAGAAAAAGCUUACAUUUGUAUUACAGGUUUGAAACAUUUGGACGUUUUCUAUAGCAAGAGAUGUGAUAUCCCUGCGAUUUACAAUUUGAGCAAAUAAAUAA